GCCGCCGCAACAUCGCGUCCACCUCUCCCCACCGCCGCCAUGGAGUCCUCACGCGGCCCCCCGCGGGUCAAGAACAAGCAGGCCGCGCCUGUCCAGAUCAGCGCCGAGCAGCUGCUGCGCGAAGCCGUCGACCGCCAGGAACCCGGCGUGCAGGCGCCCACGCAGCGCUUCGCCGACCUCGAGGAGCUGCACGAGUUCCAGGGCCGCAAGCGCAAGGAGUUCGAAGACUAUGUCCGCCGCAACCGCAUCAACAUGAACAACUGGAUGCGCUAUGCCCAGUGGGAAAUCGAGCAGAAGGAGUACCGGCGCGCGCGCUCCAUCUUUGAGCGAGCCCUGGAUGUCGACUCGACCAGCGUCGUGCUGUGGGUGCGCUACAUCGAGGCCGAGAUGAAGACGCGCAACAUCAACCAUGCCCGGAACCUGCUGGACCGCGCCGUCACCAUCCUGCCGCGCAUCGACAAGCUGUGGUACAAAUAUGCCUACAUGGAGGAGACGCUGGGCAACAUCCCCGGCACCCGCCAGGUCUUUGAGCGCUGGAUGUCCUGGGAGCCGGACGAGAAUGCCUGGAGCGCCUACAUCAAGCUCGAGAAGCGCUACAGCGAGUACGAGCGCGCGCGCGCCAUCUUCGAGCGCUUCUGCCAUGUCCACCCGGAGCCGCGCAACUGGAUCAAGUGGGCGCGCUUCGAGGAGGAAUUCGGCACGAGCGACUUGGUUCGCGAGGUUUUCGGCCAGGCCGUCGAGACGCUGGGCGAGGAGUUCAUGGACGAGAAGCUCUUCAUGGCAUACGCGAGGUUCGAGGCACGGCUGAAGGAGUUUGAGCGCGCCAGGGCCAUCUACAAGUACGCCUUGGACCGCAUGCCCCGCUCAAAGUCGGUCAACCUGCACAAGGCCUACACGACGUUUGAGAAGCAGUUUGGCGAUCGCGAGGGCGUCGAGGACGUCAUCCUGAACAAGCGCAGGGUCCAGUACGAGGAGGCCAUCAAGGAGAACCCCAAGAACUACGACAACUGGAUUGACCUGGCGAGGCUAGAGGAGACGUCGGGCGACGUCGAGCGCGUGAGGGAUGCAUACGAGAGGGCGAUAGCGCAGAUCCCGCCCACCCAAGAGAAGCGUCACUGGCGGAGGUAUAUCUACUUGUGGAUCUUCUACGCGCUAUGGGAAGAGAUGGAGAACAAGGACGUGGAGCGCGCGCGCCAGAUCUACAACGAGUGCAUCAAGCUCAUUCCGCACAAGAAGUUCACGUUUGCCAAGAUCUGGCUCCUCAAGGCGCACUUUGAGGUGCGGCAGAUGCAGCUGGCAGCGGCGCGGAAGGCGCUGGGGCAGGCCAUUGGCAUGUCACCAAAGGACAAGAUCUUCAAGGGCUACAUCGAGCUGGAACUCAAGCUGUUUGAGUUCUCGCGGUGCCGGACGCUGUACGAGAAACACAUUGAAUGGAACCCGUCGAAUUCGCAAGCGUGGAUCAAGUUCAGCGAGCUGGAGCGCGGCCUCGACGACACGGACCGGACGCGGGCGAUUUUCGAGCUGGCGGUGCAGCAGGAGACGCUGGACAUGCCGGAGCUGGUGUGGAAGUCGUACAUUGAUUUCGAGGAGGAAGAGGGCGAGUACGAGCGCACGCGGGCGCUGUACGAGCGCCUGCUGGAGAAGACGGACCACGUCAAGGUGUGGAUCUCGUACGCGCACUUUGAGAUCAACGUGCCGGACGAGGGCGAGGAGGAAGAAGCAGCAGAUGAAGACGAGGAGCGCCCCGUCUCGGACGAGGCCAAGCAGCGGGCGCGCAAGGUAUUCGAGCGCGCGUACAAGAGCAUGAAGGACAAGGAGCUCAAGGAAGAGCGCGUGGCGCUGCUCAAUGCGUGGAAGUCGUUUGAGCAGACGCACGGCACGGCCGCCGACGUCGACAGGGUCGAGCGGCAGAUGCCCAAGCGCGUCAAGAAGAGGCGCAGGCUUGAGACGGCGGAUGGCGGCAUGGAGUUCGAGGAGUACAUGGACUAUGUCUUCCCCGCGGAUACGGAGAGCGAGGCCAAGUUGUCGAAGCUGCUGCAGCGGGCGCAGGAGUGGAAGAAGAAGCAGGAGGGGGGUGCGUAGGGGGAGGGAGAGGUGUUGGUGGUGGUGGUGAGCGGAAGGAUAAUAUGUCCGUCUCUCCGUCUUCCGUACGAGUGAGUGUGCACUGCGUAUCUGUAUACAGUAGGUAGCAAAGUGCCUGGCCAGACCCAUGAUGUUACGAGUCAAGACGUGCCUCGGCCCAGGCGGGGCCUCCGACUCCCGCU